AUGUAUGUGAGGGAGAGGUUACCGAAAGAAGAAACAUUUUUGAGGCGAAGAAGAAACCCAUCUUUCUCUUCUUCGCUACUCGACUCCAUCUACCGCUCCAUUGAUGAAUCGAGCGGUGGAGAUGGAGAUCAGGGUUAUGUUCGAGAGUCGACUGCAAUGGUCAGGAAACAGAGCAGUUCUACUAAAGGAGACAAUGAGAAGGUUAAUCUUCGAAGGGCUAUUAUGAUUGAGAAUUGGGUCGAGAAGCAGAGCGUUCACAGCUCCAUGUUCUCGAACUCCGCUUCGAGUUCCUCGGAGUCGAGCUCGGGAGCUGCAUUUUCGUCUUCCGAAACAGAUUCGAGCUACAGAUCAAGAACAAAACCGAAGGCGGUCGAGCAGAGGUUCGUGCAGUUCGAGGAGAAGGAAAAGAUUGAGAGUGGCGGAGGAAGUGCGUUUUCAAGGACGAAGCUACGAGCUUUGAAAAUCUAUGAAGAAUUGAAGAAAGUGAAGCAACCAAUUUCGCCCGGCGGGCGGAUUGUGAGCUUCAUCAACUCGAUUUUCAAUUCCGGCAAUGUCAAGAAGCCAAAAAUGUGUUAUGUUGGAGCUGUGGAAGAUGUGACCAUUUCAGAGAAUGUGUCGAAUUCGAAAUCGGCUUGUCCUUCUUCUUCUGCUUCUGCUUCUACUUUCUCAAGGUCUUGCUUGAGCAAACCGUCUUCAAGAGCGAAAAAAUCGAGCAAUGGCACUAAAAGGUCCGUUAGAUUUUACCCAGUGAGUGUGAUUCUUGGUGAGGAUUCUCAGCCUCCAAACCACCUCAAAUGUGUGUUUGAAGAAGACCCAAGCUUGAUGCCAAAACCCUCUUUUCAAAAAUAUGCAAGGGCUUGUCCUGGUAAUUAUGAUAAGCUGAUCCAAUCGGGUAAGAGUCGAACAGAAGACCUGCUCACAUUUAAUCGUAGCACAAAAUCAACAAGUUACAGAACGACCGGGGCGGUUAGUCAAAAUUUGGUGAGAAGUUUUUGCGACAAUGCAGAUGAUGAAGAAAGUGAUCAUGAUGCUGAGAGCUGUUCAAGUUCUGAUCUUUUUGAGCUGAAUCAUCCAGUUGGGGUUGGAAGGUACAUGGAAGAACUUCCUGUGUAUGAGACUACUAAUUUCAGAACCAAUCAAGCUAUUGCCCAAGGGUUGUUGUAA